ACAGUUUCUAGAACUAACAAAAUGGAACAUAUAGGAGUGGGACAGCUACAGUGUCGCCUCGAUGAGUUGAUAAAUUACUUGACUCCGUUCAUGUCUUUAAUUAAUUGCCACAUGGUUAACUACUUAACGGAUGACUAUUGGAAUGAAUUUGUGCCUCAGUCAUUAAGAGCGGAACUUCCAACACCUGUGGAAGUGCAACAAGCCAUAGAAAUAUUGUUUUCGAAUGACUCAACUGAUUUGCAGCAGUUUCCAGCGCUUGCCCAAUUUUUAGAAAUGAGUAAGCGCCACCGCUUGUCCAGUACCACAGAGCUAUUGACCAGUGUUGAGCAACUGGACCAGCUGCUGAAUGCACAAAUGCAAACUCAGCUUAACAUUAAAGAAUUUAUGAGCGCUAAGAAGUGCCAUGAGGUAGAGCUAACUGCGGCCUUGAUAAACAAGCUCGUAAAGAGUAUAAUAGACGACACUAAUUGCUAUAUUGUUGAUGCUGGAGAUGGCAAAGGAUACCUCUCAUCGAGAUUGAGUCUAGAGUAUGGACUUUCGGUGCUCGGAAUUGAUGCUAACGAGUCAAACACUAAAAAUGCCCUCUCACGGGAUAGUAAAUUACAGCGCGCCUGGAAUGGCUUAACAGAACGCGCUGAGAUACUAAACCAAGGAAAAACACCACCAAGACGCGGUAAAAAGUCUUCCAGUAGGGAAACACACAUAAAUACCCCCACAAAUAAAUAUAAAACAACUUCAAUUUACAUAACCACCGAACUAAACUUGAGCGACUUAGUUAAGGAACAUUUUAAGGAUGAGCUACAAGUUGUUGAUCCUUGCAUAUGUCUCACCGGUCUGCACACCUGUGGAAAUCUUGCCGCCACUUGUUUGCAGGUUUUCCAUGCUCAAAAUAAUUGUCGUGUGCUGUGUAAUGUGGGCUGCUGCUAUCAUUUGUUGAACGAGCGCUACUCGGAACAAGAAUUCUUUGGGAAUAAGGCAUUGAUGAAGCAGUCAACGGAUUUUGGAUUCCCUAUGAGUCGCUAUCUUCAAGAACGCAAAGUAAAACUAGGUCGAAAUGCCCGUAUGCUAGCCGCACAAUCCAUUGAGCGUACCUUGUCAGCCAAGGAGCUGCCUAACAUUUCGCUCUACUAUCGCGCCCUACUCGAGGUUCUAGUCUGCAGCCACGCUCCCGAUCUAAAGAACUCCUUACAGGUGGGCAAAGUACAAAAAUUUAAUAAUUUUAUUGAAUAUGUGCAAAAGUGUUCAAAGAAGCUAAAUGCUUCAUGGCUGGCUGAGGUCAAAGAAGAUGAACUGGAAGCCUUACUACAGAAGUACGAAUCAGAUAAACAUUAUCUAUCGCUCUUUUAUCUGCUGCGCAUGUCAUUUGCACCGGUAGUGGAAAGUCUAAUUCUUCUCGAUCGAUUGCUCUACCUCAAGGAACUGGGCUACACGCACAGCUAUUUAAUAGAUCUGUUCGAUGCAGUUAUAUCACCACGACACUAUGCGGUAGUUGCAUUCAAGGAAACCUCGAUUCGACGCUGAAUUUGAAAAGCGUGUGCAAUGUCUUCUAAUCUAUAUAAUAUAUAUACGAGGGUAGUCUG